AUGUCGCAAACCACCACAAGGCUUCUCUGGAAGUCCAUUUCCUCCCCAGGUUCGACGCAAUGCCGGCGAUGCAUUUCCCAAGCCACAUUUCCUAAGCAGACCCGGCCGACUGCUGCUGCGCCGAGCAUGCUUCAAGUGAGACCGUCGCCGGCGCAAAGGAGAACAAAGGCAUACAAGACUGUGGAGGAGGCAAAGAGCAGAUACAGAGCAGGGCCCUUCUCAUGGAAGGCCGGCGUCCUGUUCGUAGGAACCGGUGUCGGUUUGACGUGGUACUUUGAGACCGAGAAGCAGCGAAUGGAGCGCAAGCGCAUUGCAGAGGCCACGAAGGGCAUGGGCCGCCCUAAGGUUGGAGGAGCGUUUGAGUUGACCGACCAGGACGGCAACAAGUUUACCAGCGAGGAUAUGAAGGGUCGUUACGCACUGGUCUACUUUGGCUUCACGCACUGCCCCGACAUCUGCCCCGACGAGCUCGACAAGAUGGCCCAGAUGUACGACCUAGUCGAAAAGCAACGGCCCGGCUCCGUUCUCCCACUCUUCAUCACCUGCGACCCGGAGCGCGACACCCCCAAGGUGGUCAAGGAGUACCUCUCCGAGUUCCAUCCCAAGUUCAUCGGCCUGACGGGCACCUACGACGAGAUCAAGGCCAUGUGCAAGCUGUACCGCGUCUACUUCAGCACGCCCCAGCAUGUCAAGCCGGGCCAGGACUACCUCGUCGACCACAGCAUAUACUUCUACCUGAUGGACCCCGAGGGCGACUUUGUCGAGGCGCUGGGGCGACAGCAUUCGCCGUCCCAGGCGGCUAAGAUUAUCCUCGAUCAUAUGAACGACUGGCAAGGAGGGUGGAAGAAGGACUAG